GCAUUGAAUAGGAGAGGGAGGGCUGCCGGGCUGGCAGGAACUGUGCAGGCACACACACAAACGGGGAUCCGGGGACGGCAGCCCCUUGCACCGGGACGCAAAGCAGCAGCAGCAGUGGCCGCGGCGAGGAAGAGAGAGUUGAGGAACUGAACUCCACAAAAGCAACACGAUGGCAGACAAAAUCAAGGAUGCCAAGAUUAUCUUCGUAGUGGGAGGACCUGGGUCUGGAAAAGGCACCCAGUGUGAGAAGAUAGUUGCAAAGUACGGCUACACCCACCUGUCUUCCGGCGAUCUGCUGCGUGCCGAAGUGGGUUCCGGCUCCGAGCGAGGCAAACAGCUCCAGGCCAUCAUGCAGAAGGGAGAGCUCGUACCCCUGGACACGGUCUUAGACAUGAUUAAGGACGCCAUGAUCGCCAAGGCCGACGUCUCCAAGGGCUUCCUGAUUGAUGGCUACCCCCGUGAGGUGAAGCAAGGAGAGGAGUUUGAGAAGAAGAUUGGAAAGCCCUGCCUGUUGCUGUACGUGGACGCCAAGUCAGAGACUAUGGUCAAACGGCUGUUGAAGCGCGGCGAGACCAGCGGGCGCUCCGACGACAACGAAGAGACCAUCAAGAAGCGCCUGGACUUGUAUUACAAAGCGACAGAGCCAGUCAUUGCCUUUUAUGAGAGCCGGGGUAUUGUGAAGAAGGUCGACUCUGAGCUGCCUGUGGAUGAAGUCUUCGUCCAAGUCUCCCAGGCUAUUGAUUCACUGAAGUAAAGCAACACCACUGGAUGA